AUGUUCUCUUCUGCCAUCGCUCUCGUCGCACUCUUCGCUACUGCUGCCCAAGCUGGCAAGCGUGGUCUUUGCUGGACCUACUAUGACAGCACUCUCGACCCAGGUCUCUUCAACAAUGGAGACGGAGAGGUUGUGGCCAUUUACGACUAUGAGACCUACGCCCCACCAUCCACCAACGGCGCCGGCGGUCUUGGGUUCAUCGGCAUGCAGCGCUGCACUGACUGUACAUCGAGUCCCAUUGCUGACCUCGCUUCUCGUCAGGCUGCUCAAGGCUGGGCCACCGUGUUCACCUUGAACGAGCCUGAUGUCAACGGCAUCAGCCCUAGCGACGCUGCUUCGUGGUAUAUUCAGUACAUCAAUCCUUUGAGCAUCAAAAAAGCUCUUCCCGCUGUUACUUCUAGCGCUACUUCUGGACAAGGUUUGAGCUGGCUUUCGGAAAUGAUCAGCGCCUGCAAUGGUCAAUGCUACUACGACUACAUUAACCUUCACUGGUACGGACCGGACUUUGCCACCUUCCAGAGCUACGUCGAGUCUGCUCAUACUCAAUUCCCCAACUCCCAAAUUGUUAUCACGGAGUUCGCUCUCCAAAACCCCUCUGGUGGUCAGGCAGCCCAGGUAUCCUUCUUCCAACAGGCAUUCCCCUUCCUUGACGGCGCUUCAUACGUGCAACUCUACUUCCCCUUCGUUGCGACGUCGCCUUCGCUUUUCCAGGCUAAUGAUGCCGCUGGCGCAUCCUCUCUGGAGUUUGGCAUGACUAGUUCCAAGUCUUCAAUGUCUGCGAUUCCUGGGAAGCGCACAGCAUUAACUGCAGAACCGCCUAGAGAAUAUCUUGUUUCUGUAGAGCUAUACGUUCCAAACGCAGCAGGAAGCGCUCUGCGAAAACCUCCGGUACCUCGUCGCAAGGGGGAAAACAAGAAGUCAACAACUCCUCCUAUCAGCGGCCGGCCUUGGGAUGAAAACCAAAAGAAAGUGAAAGAGAAGCCUAGUUGGAUGUCCUUGGCUAGAUCUUCAACUCGAGCAGGUAGCUGGAGACCUGCUACUUGCAAGCUAUCCGAUGAAGAUAAUAGGUGUCUAUGUAACAUCUACGUGGACGAAACAAUUCUUUACCAGACGGUUUACGUACAUGCAUUAAAUCACACCGACAUUCGUCAAGCAGACAGUUCCUUGUUUCUGCGGAAGAAUUGCCUUGGAAUCUACUCUGCAGGGGGACAGCGAUGGGGCUCUCCUCAUGCCACUGACCCGCUUUAUCUACAUUUUUCUGACACGAAUGCAUGUAACACAUGGUUAGCGCUUCUACGAUCCUACGCCAAACCUGAAUUAUACGGGCGACAACCAAAUCCAGACGGUGGCUUGUAUCGGCGAAAUCUGGGCAGUCCUAGGCAGUUAUCAGAAUCCAUAUCAAAUACUACUGCCAAUCCCGACUCAGAUACUCGACAGGAGGGCGACCCUGUUGAUAUGGACGUAUUCUGUGAAAUCAAUCUUAAUAAUACCCUCUGUGGACGCAGUACCUUGAAGAAGUGUAUAGGUUCGCCCGAUUGGCAUGAAGGCUUCACUCUUACAGAUCUACCACCAUUCGAUACUCUGGAAGUUAUCGUGUGGAACGAGAAAAGACUCCUUAAGCCGAUAAAUCUGGGUUCUAUACGUAUUUCUCUCGGGAAUUUUCGUCGCGGCGAGGUGGUGGAAGGAUGGUUUCCUGUGAUUCAUGCAGGGCCUACAGCCGGUGGGAUCCAAGUUGGCGACAUCAGGAUGAAGAUGCGGGUAGAUGAAGAUAUCAUAUUGCCUUAUUCUGCGUAUUCGGGUCUGCUCCAGGCUCGUAACAUCCUUGACUGGAUGGACGAUUUUGAGCACAAGUUGCAUCUUCGCUCUAUUUCGUCCGAGUUGAUGUACGUCGCCAUAGCCAAGAACGUGCUCCUCGAUCAGGUGUUCGAGCUUGCGGAUCGUGAAGUGGAUGGGACGCCUCGUUCACACAAUACACUAUUUCGUGGAAACACUAUUUUGACGAAAACAAUCGAGUUAUGCAUGGCAUUUUAUGGAAAAGCGUUCUUGGAAGCUAGUAUUGGAAGUUCUAUCCGCCGUUUGUGUAGCGAAAAAAUUGCUAUUGAAGUGGAUCCCGCACGCAGUGGGAAAAGUACUAAGGAUACUGAGCGUGACGUGGAGCUACUGAUUUAUUGGUGCAAGGAGUUCUGGAAUCAAAUUUAUGCCGUCAGGAAUGAAUGUCCCAAUGAGAUGCGUAAAUUAUUCGAACAUGUUCGCAAACUAGUGGAGAAGCGAUAUAGCAGAAACAACAUGCCAGAGGAGCAAAGCUGGGAUUUGCCUUGGCAAAGCGUUUCCGCUUUUUGUUUCUUGCGAUUUAUUGUGCCAGCCAUACUCCAUCCUCAUCUGUUUGGUCUUUAUCCAGGUCUUCCAACCAUGCCAGUUCAACGUAGCCUGACCUUAAUCGCAAAGGUCAUACAGAGCCUGGCAAAUCUCAAUGCAAGUGUCCAGAAAGAAGACUUCAUGCGAGGCGUGAAAGCCUUCCUGAAGGAGAGCGUACCGGCUAUGGUAAAGUACAUUCAAGCAGUAUCGACACCUGUGGUAGGCGACACGCACGGUCUCCAAUCCGGACCCGCCCACACUCAUGCUCGAUUAAAUGUGGUCAACUCUCUUCACCAACGUGGUGCCACAAUGCCUGCUUUAGAACGAGAGGCUAUUCCCCUUCUUCCCCAUGUACUAGACAUUCCGAGGCACCUGGCAGUUAUAAGCUCAGCUGUCAUACGAAGUGUCAGGUUUGCCGACCAUAAGCAGAAGAUGUUCGAUGAUCCGCAUUUGAAAGAACUUCGUUUGAAGUGCUUUGAACUGGAGGAGCAGGCUUUGUCUCGAGUCAAUCAGCUCGCCAGCCGGAUGCCUUCAGUACAGCGCGACGUUUUGACUUCUUCUGACGACUCACCUCGUGAACCAGAUUCGACACCUCUACCAUCGUCGCCGAGGACUUGCUUGCAACUCGAGGUAGCUCGUCCGUCGACUGCAUCCUGUAAUUCAACCCCCUCGGGGAUGACACAACCUAUGUAA